CUAUUAACCCUCGAUUACAAUUUUAUUCUCUUUAUAGAUAUAGAUUCACCCAUUCCCAUCCAGCUCUCCUUCCUAAAACCACAAGUUCGUAUUUCCGCCAUCAAAUUCGAAUAGUUCAAGGAACAAUUUCGAGGAAAUUCCAAACAUUCCGCGCAAAUUCAUCCCACUAAACCUCUCUUGCACACACACACCACUAAUCUUGAUCUCUGCAACCAAAACCAAAAGCCCAAUUUAUCUAACAAACAAAUCAACAAACAGUUGGUGUGCCUCACAAAUUUCACCAUGUCUGAAACUCAACCUCCAUCAAUGGUUCAGCCCACACAACCCCGUCCCUCAACCCAAACAACUACCCCCACUCCCCGUGCGCCAUCUCCGGCGGGUGGCUCAAACACCAAGAAAGGUCACGGCAAACACCCUAAUAAGCCGCAAAGCUCUUCCGGCACGGGCGGGGGCACGCCUUUCAAGACAAUGGAGCUAGCCCCGGCGUCUCGGCGGAAGAAAAGGAAGACUUCUGAGAAGAAAUUGCCCGAAAAAGUGGCUGCCCUUUCGCCGGAAAGUGCACUUUAUACUCAGUUAGUGGAAUUGGAAGCCAAGGUUGAUUCUGCACUUGGUAGGAAGAAAACUGAAAUUGAGGAGUCUGUUAAAAAGCCUUGUUCUGUUCAGAAAACUCUUAGAAUUUAUGUGUUCAAUACAUUUGCUAAUCAAUUAGAUGAAAAUGGUGAUGCACCCACUUGGACGCUUAAGAUAACUGGUACUGUGUUAGAUGAUGGGGUUGAUUCUAAUAGGUGUAUUUCGAACCCGAAAUUCUCGUCGUUUUUUAAGAAAAUUACAAUUUAUUUGGAUCAAACACUUUAUCCUGAUAACCAUGUGAUUUUGUGGGAGAAUUCGCGUUCUCCAGUUCUUCAUGAAGGGUUUGAGGUGAAAAGGAAAGGGGAUAAGGAAUUUACUGCUAUUAUAAGGCUUGAAAUGAAUUAUGUUCCUGAGAAGUUUAAGUUAUCAGCUGCUCUAACUCAAGCUCUUGGAAUUGAGGUCGAAUCGCGUGCUAGGAUUAUGACUGCAUUGUGGCAUUAUGUCAAGGUUAAGAAGUUGCAAGACCCUAAUGAUCCAGCUGUGUUUACAUGUGAUUCAACUCUAAGGAAAGUAUUUGGAGAAGAGAAGGUUAAGUUUGCUGUGGCUUCACAGAAGCUCACACAACAUUUGUCACCUUUGCAACCUAUACAUUUGGAGCAUAAGAUUAAGCUUUCGGGGAAUAAUCCUAGUGGAAAUAUUUGUUAUGAUGUGUUAGUUGAUGUUCCCUUUCCUUUAGAGAAAGAUAUGUCUGGUUUCUUGGAGAAGAUGGAGAAAUGUAGAGAAAUAGAUGAUUAUGACAGUUCUAUUGUUGCUGCUAUAAAGAAGAUCAAUGAGCAUCAUCAAAGACGAGCAUUUUUCCUCGGAUUUAGUAAGUCACCUGCCGAGUUUAUUAACACACUGAUUGCUUCUCAAGAUAGAGAUUUGAAGGUCAUUGCUGGUGAUGCUAUUCGUAAUGUCGAGAAAGAGCAUCGAAGUCAAUUUUACAACCAACCUUGGGUUGAAGAUGCUGUGAUGCGUUAUUUGAAUCGCAAAUCUGGUGCUGGAGGUGAUGCUGCAGGGACUACAUGAUUUAGAUUGCCUGAAGUCAUUGAUAUCUAAAUAGGUUUACGGAAAUGACGUAGAGUGAGACCCAAGGGAGGGCAUCACAUUAGGCUUGGAUUGGUGUGAGUGACUACGCGUCUACGCCAUUCAGUACACUUUCUCCGUCCACUAGAAGUCUUUAGGCGGGGAGUGAAGAGUCACUUAUCCCACAGGGAAGAAUAGGAGUGUUCACACUUAGUACUAAGUGCGAGCACUUUAGUGUUGUUUGAAGUGAUGUCACUAUGAAUUGUGCUAGAGGUGGCCAACCAGCACACCCAAGCUGAAUGCGUAUUCUUUUACGUUACCCAGUUUGUUCUUGUAAAUGAUUAAAUUUUUGUAACUGUUUGCAAUUUUAACCUGAUACUUCUGCUCCCUAUCACUUAUUCAGUUACAACUUUUUCUGGAAUGCUGAAAGCUUUUUGGAAUGCUGAAAGUUUUAAAAAGGAUUCGUUCUUUUGAUUUCCUGCAUCGAGGUUUUUAAUACACCUUCCAAAAAAUCUGGUUGUCUGUGAAUUUCUUUGUCGUCCUAUCGAGUGCAAAAUUGUGGUGUUCAAUCUUGGGAAGCAGCGCUUAACAACUGAUUGCACCCAUAAUAAGAGCAAAUUGCUUAUGGGACAGGUUUUUAACACGUCAUACUCAUCCAACUUUAUAAAAUUAGUUGGCGUAGAUUCUAAAUACCAACAUUCUUUUCGCAAUACUUUCCAACAAAAUGAAUCACGCUUCUCCAAUAAAUGUGCUUUCAAAUAAACCUUUGGUAUUAAAACUAUACUCCCUCUGUUUCAUUUUAAUUGUUGCACUUUGACAUUUUACAUUAUUCACAAAUUGCACUUUGACCCUCGUUUGUGAUUUAUACGUGAAUAAAAAUAUAGUCAUGUUGAAUCUUGUUAGAUUCGUCUUAGUAUGUAUUUUAUUAAUAUGUACUUUUUAUAAUUUUUUACAAAUACAAAAACUAAAGAUAUAUAUCGUCAAAAUUUUGCAUUGGCAUGCGUGAAAAGUGUAAAUAUGUAGAUUAAAAUGAAACGAAGGGAAUAUAAUACACCUCUUUCGUUUCUAUAUAAGUGUUGCAGUUAGCAGAUUGAUACUAUUUAUCAACCAAUUUUGACUUCAGUUUCUCGCUAUUAUAUAAAGAGUAACAUAAACUAUCAGAAAAAUAUUAUAAAGAAAACAUUAUCAAGUGGUAUUUUAUUAGAUUCAACCUUUCAAAAUAUAAACUUUUUAUAAUUUUUUAUUUGUAUAUAAUUAAAGAUAUUAAUGAUCAAACGUAUUGAAAGAUGUGAAUUAGUGAAUGUAACAUUUAUUUAGAAAUAAAGAAAGUAUUACUAUAUUGUCAAAGUACAAACCAAAUACAAACAAAAUUAUAAAGGCAAGAAAAGAAACCCCAUGUAAGACUUCUUAGCCCCAAAGAAAAGAUUAUUCCAAUGAGAUUUACCCAAUUUCACACAGGGUAAAUCCUUGACCUUUCCUCUCCUGCUAAGGCUACAUAAUCUCAAUGAAUUUAUAACUGAACAUGGGGGAAUUUUUUAAUUGAUUACAUACAAAGUUGUCCUGGAAAAAGAAGCAGCUGAAUUAUCGUUAUGCAAGGCUAAGCAUCCUUGAACAGUGCUUCUCCGCACUCUACAAGACAACCCAUAAAGAACCACAUACAAAAAUACAUAAUACACUUGUCCUCCCCCCCCAAGUGACUAACAUAUUUUUAUUUACUUGAUGUGAACUCUUUCUCUACAUCAUUUCUUUUUCUUGCAAGUUUCCAUGUAUAUAGCACGGACAUGGUUGUGUCUCCGAAAAAAAGGAAACUACAUAUCAUAUUCACUUUUUUAGUUUCAUUAGUACAAAAAUGGCCGAGGUUUUGAAAACGAAAACGAUUCAGAAUCGAGAGAGUCUCAAUUCUUUAAAGGUUUUCGGACUUGAUAGAUUACUAAAUUAUGAAUUUAUGAUUUCCUUCACUCUUACUCUCAAACCACCACCCAUAUGAGCCGUUAAAAGAGGCACAAAUACGGGUGGUUCAUUACUUAGAAGCUCAAAAUCAAAGCGGUUCAUGAUAGAAGCCAUUACAUACUUCAUCUGAAGGAAUGCCAUUUCUUUCCCAAGGCAUACCCUAGGACCAGCUUGGAAAAUUGGGUAUUCAUAGGGAUUUACCAUCUUCAGUUUUCUUGUAUUAUAGUUAUUAGAUUGUUUAUCAACUUGACUUUCAAACCAACGAUCUGGAUUAAACUUUAAUCUGUCUUCACCCCAAAUAACCUCCAUUCUUCCCAUUCCAUAAGGAAAGUAUGUAACACGGUCCCCUUUCUUAAGUUUAGUCCCAUCUGGUAAAAUAUCAUCCUUUAAAGCAUGCUUUGAGUCCCACGCAACAGGAGGAUACAACCUCAUGGCCUCACAUAGGCAAGCAUGCAUAUAUUUCAUAUUCUUGACUAGCUCAUAACUUAGUGAGUCCGACCCUGAGUCAGGGUCGGACCCACUAGCCAACUCAGACAUGAUAUUAUCUCGAGUGGCGGGGUCUGCUAACCCUGAUAAUAAAAGCCAAAAAAGCCACGUCAUUGCAGCUGCAGUAGUGUCGCGGCCUGCCAUAAUAAAGCUGAUCACCAUGUCCCUUGCUAGCUCACCGUCGUAGCCAGCAGAAAGGAAGCGAGAGAGGAGGUCCUGAUUUUCAGUUUCAUUUGAAUUGGCAAUAGAGUUUUGCUUAGUAGAAAUGAUGGUUUUGACAAGACCAUGAAGUAUGUUGAUCGAUUGUUUGAGUUGGUGCUCAGAGCCAAUGUUAAGGGCUCGCUUUAGCUUCCAAAUGGCGUAGAUUGGGCUGGUGGCUCGUUUGGCGGAGAUUGCGGCAGCGUUCUCGAAUGCGGCAAUAAGUGGUGGGAUGGGAAUAGAGAGGUCUAGACAAUUGGGGUCUAUGCCUAAGGAGACUUUGCAGAUUGUAUCGUAGGUGAAUCUUUUUAGUACUUCCUGUAAAACAAUUGCCACAAAAAUGGAUGAAUUAGUUCAACUUAAAAUUUUGCAAUGAUUAAUUUGUUGUAAUAUUGGAAUUAUAGAGAGUUGAGACAAGAUAGAACAAAGUUGUAUAUAUUUGUUGUCACAUGCAUCAUGUGAUUUUUUAUUAUCUGAAAAGGAUGCAUCAUGAUUCAUGUGAUUUUUGCUUUCAGUUUUUCACCAAUCAAAUAAUUGAUCUUUGAAUAAGAGUAAGUUUGUGGGUGGG